AUGAAGAUGCCUGAGGAACAUUGUUGCUCUUUGUUCUGUCUGUUAACUAACCCAUCUCCUCUCUCUCCAGCUACCCCCUCCCCGUUAGAGAAGACCAGGUAUGACGCAUCUCUAGGCCUCCUGACCCAGAAGUUUGUCCAGCUGCUGGCCCAGUCCAGUGACGGGGUGGUGGACCUGAACCUGGCCGCGGAGUCCCUCAAGGUGCCGAAGAGACGUCUCUAUGACAUCACCAACGUCCUGGAGGGGGUGCAUCUCAUCAAGAAGAAGUCCAAGAACAACAUCCAAUGGAUGGGCUGCAGCCUGUCUCCAGAGGGAGUGGCCAGGGUCCAGACCCGUGUCUCUGUGGGUAAAGAGCUGCUGGAGUUGACCCAGGAGGAGAAGAGACUGGAUGAACUCCUACACAUCUCUACACGCAUCAUCCAACAGAUGUCUAAAGACACACCCACAAGGAAGUUUGCAUACAUAUCGUAUGAGGAUGUGAAGAGGAUUCCUAGUCUGAAGGACCAGACGGUCAUUGUGGUCAAAGCCCCUGCUGAAACCAGACUUGAGGUGCCAGACCCUGCAGAGAGUCUCCAGGUCCACCUGAGCAGUACCCAGGGUCCAAUAGAUGUCUCCCUAUGCUCUGAUGACCACGCCCCCUCCACGCUGAACAACGUGGCACUGAAUGGAAACGGACAUCCUUCUUCAUCGUAUGUCAAUGGAAACUCCUCUUUGUCCGUCCUCAAGGUGUCACAAGGGGGUAAUAACUCCACUGAUAACGCCAGUAUCAGUUUCUCCAACGCCCUGUCCAGGCUCCCAGCAUGCUCAGCAGUGACAGUGACCCCGGUCUCCCUCCUCCACCUCCAGGAUGUCGACCAGGAGCCCUUUGUCUCCCUCUCUCCCUCCCUCCUCUUUGAGGAGGACGACUACAUGCUCAGCCUGGGGGAAGACGACUUGUUGUCCUACGACCUGGACCAGCUUCCACUUGAAGACCUGCUCUGUAACUGAGUGAAAUGGAAACUCAGCGGCCAUUUUGGGGAUUUUGAUUUUUGAGGCAUGUUAUUGGCCAGAUUUAUGGCCCAAAUGUGAUAAUUUACAGUAUAGUCAACUGUUGUAUCCUAUAGCCCAGUGGUUUCAUCAGCUGUAGCUCAGCAGCCAUUUUGGAGCAAUGGUUUUUCUUGACAUUCUAGACUGCAUCGCUCAUAGAGGACCUGCUGUGACAUUGAAUGUGAAAAUACAUGUUUUGUUUUUUUUGGUAUAGAUUUCAUCGAAGGAAGUAAGACUAUGUUGCCAUCCGGACAAAUGUGUCAGGCCAGCACAAACACAAACUGUCUAGAGGGGAGAAUUCUGUGGCUGAACAAACAGACAAACCCCUUCUCAAAGCCUUGUUUUUCUGAUUUGACCUGCGCUGACAGGCAAACCAACAUUCAAUCACUCACUCCCCAUAGCAGACCGUUACGUCUUCUUGAUGUACUGUUCUCGUCUGUAAACACAGAUUGUCCCUAAACAGAGAUGGGUUAUGGGUAUUAACCUCUGGACACAGAUUCUUACCCAUCUCUUCCGUUGUGUGACUGUUAUCUGUCAACUUGUGUUUUAAUAAUGUGAUGUAGUGAAACCUACCCGGCUAGGUCCUGGUUCUCGGGUUCACAAGAAGCGAGCAGACCUGAUAUCUAGGCCCCAGGAUGGUGAGGUCUGCCUGGAUGUCGAUGGACUCACUGGUAUUGUUAGGAUAACCAGAGUAUGUAGUAAAAGAUGGCCCUGGGUUUGCAUCCCAAAUCGCACCCUAUUCCCUAUAUAGUGCACUACUUUUGAUCAGAGCUCUGUUCAGAAGUAGUGCACUAUACAGGGAAUGGGGUGCCAUUUGGGGUCAUCAUUUUCCUACACACUUGCUGUAUUUUUAUUUUUAUUUAUUUUUGGGGAGUGUGUGUGUCAUAUUGGUUGUUUGUUCCCUACUGCCACCCGUAGCCUCUGCUGAUUCCUGUAUAUUGAAGCAAUGUUCCUCCUUACCACCAGUAAAACACACACACACACCACCGUGCACGCAGACAAGCCCCUCAUCUUGUUUCAGCCACUGGAGCCAUCCUUCCAGCCAUUACUUAUUGACUAGUGUUAUGAACCAACUCCUUCGUGUUCGUUUCUCAGUUUCUUUUUCCUUUAAAUACAUGUUGCUUCGUUCAAAUGUAGAAGUGGAUGUUUUAUUACUAGAUGUUGUGAGUUAAAAAUUUACAAAACUCCUUCGUCCAAUCAUUAAGGAUCAAUACCCCUAACACAUCAUUAACCCAUUGAUGCAAAUGUAUAUCAACUUUUUGAUUUUUCCUUUUUGAUUGGUAUACCAAUGUUUAACUUUUUGUAUUUUUACCCGAUCAUACUACUAACCCAGCGGUUCCCGAAACUCUGUCACCGCGACCUCAAGGGCUGCAUAGCCGAUUCAAAUGAUCAAAGCUGGAUGAUUAUUUGAGUGAGCUGUGUAGUGCUAGGGCAAAAACCAAAACGUGCACCCCCCCUUGGAGUCCCGACGACCGAGUUUGGGGGAAACCCUUUACUAACCGCUAAUGCUGAAAUAUAUUCAGAGUUUGGGGAAACCCUUUACUAACCUCUAAUGCUAAAAUGUAUUCAGAGUUUUUGAGCAUCGCUUGUCUUUGAGGAAUGAACCUGAUUUUAGAUGAGCGCUUUAUUAAAUCGCACCCUUAUGCCCUUUUUGUAGCAUACGACCUUUGACCUGAACCCUAUGGUCUCUGGUCGAGGGUAGUGCACUACGUAAGGAAUAGGGUACCAUUUGGUGAUGGCCUGGCUACCGGUCUGGGUGAUGGCCUGGGUACCGGUUUGGGUGAUGGCCUGGCUACCGGUUUGGGUG